CACGCUCUCGUGCCCAGGAUCGUGAACGCCGGUGCGAGACAGUGGAACGAUGGCGGACGUAGAGAAGCAUCUUGACAAAACCGUGCGGGAUCAGUGGGAGAGCCCGGUCCAGUGGGACGCCAGGAAGAAGUUUAUCCUCCACAACUGGGACCAACAUCCAGAGGACCAGUUGGUGUGUCUGUCCAACGUCUGGGCCAACAUGGAGUUCCUGGGAUGCAGAUACAACCCUGUGGUAGAACAGAGAGUAAAGGAGAUGGCAGCAGGUAUGCCAGAAUUCCAGAAACCAGAACUUCCUCAGUCAUCAGCAGACCAACAAGACAACAGCCAGAGAAACAGAAAUGACGGAGGCAGCAUGGGUGGUAAGAGAGACUUGAAAACCCCAAGUGACCCUCCCCACAAGAGACUGAAGCACAUCGACUUGAAGAAGAUGAUCAACUUCACGUCAGGGGGUGUGCUUGGGGAGGAGGGAAGGAAGAGUGAAGAACAGCCACCGACAAAACAACAGCCUGAGGGGGGAUCUACAUUUUCUGAUAAGCCAAGCACAUCAUCUACCAGUUGUUCAUCAAUGUUAAGUAGAACUGAGGUUCAGGGAAUAAGUAAUGCUGGUAGUGAUGUAAAAAGCAGUACAACUUCAACUUCUAUAAGCAAACCAUUUGUAAAGCCUGACACACCAGAGGUGUUAGGUACCAAGACAGAGGGGGAGGGGCAGAUCAAAGAAACAAACAUUGGUAAUCAGAUGCUUCGCAAGAUGGGGUGGUCGGGAGGGGGGAUAGGGAAGGAGGGUCGGGAGGGCAUCGCUGAACCCAUCAAAGUGGACGUCAUGGAGAGGCGUGCUGGUCUGGGCACUAAAAGAAAACCAUUUGUAAAGCCUGACACACCAUCCACGAAUGUGCUACCUUCCAUUUUACCCGAAAAUUGUGUACAAAGGUCCCUAUUGGUACGGAAGAAAUGCUUCUUCAACAGUUUGGCUGGAGCUGUCCGUGGUAGGUUAGGAGAAAUCAGCAGGGCCACUGAAAACCACAUGCACGUGUUCACACAGUGUGUUCAGCAAUGCAGAGCAAACCCCUUGUACAAGAUAGCAGAGGUGACCAGUUCCUCCUCAUUUGUGUUAGAGUCAGACAGGGCACGUGUCCCGGGGUAUGCCUGCGACUUGUAUGUGGAAGAUGUGUAUUUAGCAAGAGGAUACGGGAAGGGUAAAGUUGGGGCUAAAACCAGUGCAGUCAAGAAUGCACUAGAUAGGCUGAAAUAUCAUAGGUCAGUAGGGAUUGCCACAAGAAUUGACACUGAAACGGGUAACCUUAGGGAGGAGUAUGUAACUGAAACUGGUAGGCAGGUACCUCUACCCCCUACCCUUCCCCGAUACAGUUUGCAGGGACCAACUGAUUCUUCUAAUACUCCCCAUAAGCCAAAAUCCAAAACAGGGGCUUGGGAACCAAGAUUCUCUAGCACCAAGAGUCUCUCUGAUUUUGUCAUUUAUGAGAAUGCAGAAAACGCAAUCUGUAUCCUCAACAGCUCGGCCCAGUUCAGUAAGAUGAACGUUACAUUCAAUACGAAGAGAAACUUGAGAAAUGGGAUACUCAUGCAUCAAUGUGUCGUGAGAAUUAACCAAAUGAUCGUAGCAGACGCUUGGUCCGAUAAGUCCAAAGACGUUAAACACCUGGCAGCAGAAGCGGCACUUUCCAAACUUCGACAAACCAAUCCUGUAGUCAAACCCAGAAAGACAGAAUUAACUGAAGACGCUUUGACAAGAACAGAGGUGUUAGGUACCAAAACAGAGGGGGAGGGGCAGAUCAAAGAAACGAACAUCGGUAAUCAGAUGCUUCGCAAGAUGGGCUGGUCGGGAGGGGGGAUAGGGAAGGAGGGCCGCGAGGGCAUCGCUGAACCCAUCAAAGUAGACGUCAUGGAGAGGCGUGCUGGACUGGGCACGGCCACAGAACUCGCAGAGAAACAGCUGAUCUCAGCAAAGGAAGCAAAUCAAGUCAUUGUGAAUUACGUACAGUCCGGGAGGGAAGAUGACCUGGUGUUCUCUCCCGAGUUGACCUCAGACGAGCGAGCGGCUAUCCACAAGAUGGCCAGAAGGUACAACCUGCAGCACAGGUCGUACGGGAAGGGGCAGAAGAGGUACCUGGUCAUCAGGAGGAAGAGAACUGCCCAGGACGUGAUGGCACAGGCUCAGUUCAGUCCUGGGCAAUUAGGCACAGUGGUGGGGGAUGGGAAAUAUGAGGUCACCCUGCCACAGACUAGCAGUUGGCAAUAAUGUGAUGUAAAUUCUAACCUAUGACAUACUACAUGAACUACAUUUUAUAUACCUCCAAAACUGUAAAAUAACAAAUGCAUAACACCUUUUGAACCUAGGUGGCUAUCAACUGUAAAUACCAUAAUAAUAUGAGUAGUGUACUGUAGUGAUAAAUAUGAAUUAACUUUUGUUUUACCAGGAGUUCACAACUUGGGUCUGUGUACAUGGAAUGUAUGUCGGCAUCAUCUUGUUAAAGAUAUAGAUUUUCUAAAGUCCGCUUUUUAGGCAGGUAACUUAAACAUGGAUUGUGCAGUAUGUUCUGACUGAUGUUACACUGGUAAUUUUGUGUUUAAUUCAUACUUUCAUUAAACACUUUCAUUAAA